CCGUGUGAGGGAGCCGAGCCGCGCAUCCAGCCCGGCGGUGGCCGUCGCUGCUGGGGAGGAGGUGGAGAAGGAGGAGGUGGAGGAGGAGGAGGAGGAGGAAGAGGAGGCGGCGAGAGGUUCUCCCACCCCCACCCACCGAGCUGAGGGAGUAUGACUUCUGCAACGUCACCUAUCAUUUUGAAAUGGGACCCCAAAAGUUUGGAAAUCAGGACUCUCACAGUAGAGAGGCUACUGGAGCCACUUGUUACUCAAGUAACAACGCUCGUUAACACAAGCAAUAAGGGACCGUCUGGCAAGAAGAAAGGGCGCUCUAAGAAGGCUCAUGUGUUGGCUGCCUCGGUAGAGCAGGCUACUCAGAACUUUUUAGAAAAAGGAGAUCAAAUCGCUAAAGAGAGCCAGGAUCUGAAGGAGGAACUGGUUGCUGCUGUAGAGGAUGUACGCAAACAAGGAGAAACAAUGAGAAUCGCCUCUUCAGAGUUUGCUGACGACCCAUGCUCCUCUGUGAAACGAGGCACCAUGGUGCGGGCUGCUCGUGCCUUGCUUUCUGCCGUUACUCGCUUGCUCAUCCUGGCUGAUAUGGCUGACGUCAUGAGGCUUCUGUCACAUCUGAAAAUUGUAGAGGAAGCACUUGAAGCAGUGAAAAAUGCAACAAACGAGCAAGAUUUAGCAAAUCGCUUUAAAGAAUUUGGGAAAGAGAUGGUAAAACUGAACUAUGUAGCUGCUAGACGACAACAGGAACUGAAAGAUCCUCACUGCAGGGAUGAAAUGGCUGCAGCUCGAGGUGCUCUGAAGAAGAAUGCCACGAUGUUGUACACCGCAUCCCAAGCGUUUCUUCGUCACCCUGAUGUUGCAGCCACUAGGGCCAACAGGGAUUAUGUCUUCAAGCAGGUACAAGAAGCAAUUGCUGGUAUCUCCAAUGCUGCCCAGGCCACCUCACCCACUGAUGAGAACAAGGGGCACACUGGCAUAGGAGAGCUUGCUGCUGCACUAAAUGAAUUUGAUAACAAAAUCAUUUUAGACCCCAUGACUUUCAGUGAGGCUCGAUUCAGACCAUCUCUUGAGGAGAGGCUAGAGAGCAUUAUCAGUGGAGCGGCGCUGAUGGCAGACUCCUCGUGCACGCGAGAUGACCGCCGAGAGAGGAUCGUAGCAGAGUGCAACGCCGUGCGGCAGGCCCUGCAGGAUCUGCUCAGCGAGUAUAUGAAUAAUACUGGACGGAAGGAGAAGGGGGACCCACUCAACAUUGCUAUUGACAAGAUGACCAAGAAAACACGAGAUCUUCGAAGACAGCUACGGAAGGCAGUAAUGGAUCAUAUAUCGGAUUCUUUCCUGGAGACCAAUGUGCCAUUGCUCGUUCUCAUUGAGGCCGCAAAAAGUGGUAAUGAGAAAGAAGUGAAGGAGUAUGCACAGGUCUUCCGUGAGCAUGCCAACAAGUUAGUUGAGGUUGCAAAUCUGGCCUGUUCAAUCUCAAACAAUGAAGAAGGUGUGAAGUUAGUGCGUAUGGCAGCAACACAGAUUGAUAGUCUGUGCCCACAGGUAAUAAAUGCUGCACUCACAUUGGCCGCCAGACCCCAGAGCAAAGUAGCACAGGACAACAUGGACGUCUUUAAAGAUCAGUGGGAGAAACAAGUGCGAGUUCUCACCGAAGCCGUUGAUGACAUCACUUCAGUGGAUGAUUUUCUCUCUGUUUCAGAAAAUCAUAUUCUAGAGGAUGUGAAUAAGUGUGUGAUUGCUCUGCAAGAGGGGGAUGUUGAUACCCUAGACAGAACUGCUGGGGCCAUCCGGGGCCGUGCAGCCAGAGUUAUUCACAUCAUUAAUGCAGAGAUGGAAAACUAUGAAACAGGAGUUUAUACUGAGAAGGUACUGGAAGCUACCAAACUGCUUUCUGAAACUGUUAUGCCACGUUUUGCUGAACAAGUUGAGGUUGCCAUCGAAGCGUUGAGUGCGAAUGUCCCACAGCCAUUUGAAGAGAAUGAGUUCAUAGAUGCCUCCCGCUUGGUUUAUGAUGGAGUUCGUGACAUCAGGAAAGCUGUUCUGAUGAUAAGGACCCCUGAAGAGCUAGAGGAUGAUUCAGACUUUGAGCAGGAAGAUUAUGAUGUUCGCAGCCGAACAAGUGUUCAAACUGAAGAUGACCAACUUAUUGCUGGCCAGAGUGCAAGGGCUAUCAUGGCUCAGCUUCCCCAGGAGGAAAAGGCUAAGAUUGCUGAGCAGGUAGAGAUAUUCCACCAAGAAAAGAGCAAGCUGGAUGCGGAGGUAGCCAAGUGGGAUGACAGUGGUAAUGACAUCAUUGUGUUGGCAAAGCAGAUGUGCAUGAUUAUGAUGGAAAUGACAGACUUUACUAGAGGUAAAGGCCCACUGAAGAAUACAUCAGAUGUGAUUAAUGCAGCCAAGAAGAUUGCAGAGGCAGGAUCAAGGAUGGACAAAUUGGCACGGGCGGUAGCUGAUCAGUGCCCUGACUCAGCCUGCAAACAGGAUCUGCUAGCCUACCUACAACGCAUUGCCCUCUACUGCCACCAACUUAAUAUCUGCAGCAAAGUGAAGGCAGAAGUUCAAAACCUGGGAGGAGAACUUAUUGUAUCGGGGACUGGAGUUCAGAGCACUUUCACUACCUUUUAUGAGGUAGAGUGCGAUGUCAUAGAUGGGGGCAGGGCUAGUCAACUUUCUACCCACCCACCCACCUGUGCUGAGGGAGCUACGCUUGAGACCGGAAGUGGUGACUCCUCAACGCUGGACAGUGCCACUUCUCUCAUCCAGGCAGCUAAAAAUCUGAUGAACGCUGUGGUCCUUACAGUGAAGGCAUCGUAUGUAGCUUCUACUAAGUAUCAGAAGGUCUAUGGUACUGCUGCAGUGAACUCACCAGUUGUAUCUUGGAAGAUGAAGGCCCCUGAGAAGAAGCCUCUAGUAAAGAGAGAAAAACCAGAAGAAUAUCAGACAAGAGUGAGAAGAGGGUCCCAGAAGAAACAUAUUUCCCCUGUACAGGCCUUAAGUGAAUUUAAAGCUAUGGAUUCAUUCUAAAACACUAAGCUUUACCAUGAGGGUUUUAUAUUCUUUUUGUAUGCAUACCUGCCGACUUGUAUGCGUCUGGCAUGGGGUGGGGGAAAACUGUCAAUCUGCAUGCAACCUGAGACUCUACUGAAGUAACUAACUUUCUGCAACGCCAAAAUUUAUGGUGUUCUCUUCUAAUGUUCAGUGAACUUAUUCCAAGCUUACUUUUUAAUCUAAACUAUAGCAUUAAUUUGGCCAAAGAAUUUGCAUCACAGGGGUAUGUGUGAAUUAAAUGAUAAAUUCAAGUCUAAACCCAGAAAUUUUUAUGCAUGCAAGAAACAUUAGGUUGGCAGGUAUAUUAAGUGGAAAAAAAAAAUGGAAUUGUAAUGGUAGACCAUAAAGCUUGUAUUGCUUCUGUUCCAGUGCAAAAAUGUACUAGCCAAUAUGCUUAAAUGUGUGGCCCAAUAAUUAAAUGAUAUAACUUUUAAGUCAUCUUCAUCAUAGUAUGUGAAUUUUUAAAAUAAAUACAAACUAAUUCAUCUUUAAAAUGCUUCUUUUAAACCAUAUUUUGUUCUUUAUAUUCUAGUCGUGUUAUGAUUGCUCACAUUUCAAUUAAUCCCAUUAAUAUGAACAGAGGUUUACUUUUGCCAAUUGAAUUCCUUAUGGUGGAGUAUGAAGCACAAUAUGGUGAUUGACAUUGCCUUUUAUAUUAUGAUUAUGAUUAUUAUUAUUAUUAUAUUAGUAAUAGAAGACCUGGUGGUGGAAUGUUUAGAGACACGGAAACUGACAAUGUGAGAAUUUAGAGGCAAUUAUGUAGGUGUAGCUUGGAUUACAGGUAUCUGACAUGCCGUUGUAACCACUAACUCAAUAAACUCAUUUAACCUUGGAAUCCUCAA